UGCUUUUGUACUAUACUUAAUAAUUUUCAAUAUUUCUGCUAUAUCCAAUUCAAAAGAUCAGUUUUUUGGUAAUACUCAGUUCAAAAGAUAGCAUUUUUAGUAUAGAAAAACCUCUGCUAAUACAAAUUACCUAAGACUUGCUAGUUGACUCCCUUGUGGUUUCAGCAUUUUGAGUCAAUUAAAACUUGAGUUUCCUGAACUCUUCUCUGAUUGAGCAGUGCUCGUCUUGGAAGUUAGCAGGAGAGGAGCCAAUGUUGCUUCAUCUCUUGUUUUUGUUAUCUCUCGUCUUGACAUUUAUAGACAAUGGUAAUGCUGGUAUAACAAGUGCAUUCGUUCGAACUCAAUGGCCGUCUGUGGAUAUUCCUCUUGAAAAUGAAGUAUUUGCAGUUCCGAAGGGUUAUAACGCUCCACAACAAGUGCAUAUUACACAGGGUGACUAUGACGGGAAGGCUGUAAUAAUUUCAUGGGUAACUCCUGAUGAACCAGGGUCUGGCCAAGUGCGUUAUGGCUUAUCUGAGGGGAAAUAUGAUUUUACUGCUGAGGGAACUGUAACAAACUACACAUUUUACAACUACAAGUCCGGUUAUAUACAUCAGUGCCUUGUUACUGGCCUUCAGUAUGACACGAAGUACUACUAUGAAAUUGGAAAAAGCGAUUCUGCUCGGAAUUUUUGGUUUGAAACUCCUCCAAAAGUUGAUCCAGAUGCUUCUUACAGAUUUGGCAUCAUCGGUGAUCUUGGUCAAACAUAUAAUUCUCUUUCAACUCUUCAGCACUACAUGCAAAGUGGAGCAAAGAGUGUCUUGUUUGUUGGAGAUCUCUCUUAUGCUGACAGAUAUGAGUAUAACGAUGUUGGAGUCCGUUGGGAUACAUGGGGCCGCUUUGUUGAACAAAGUGCAGCAUACCAGCCAUGGAUUUGGUCCGCUGGGAAUCAUGAGAUAGAGUACUUUCCAAAUAUGGGGGAAGUAGUUCCAUUCAAAUCAUUUCUAUAUAGAUACCCAACACCUUAUCAAGUUUCAAGAAGCAGUAAUCCCCUUUGGUAUGCCAUCAGAAGGGCAUCCACUCACAUAAUUGUCCUAUCAAGCUACUCUCCGUUUGUAAAAUAUACACCUCAAUGGCAUUGGCUGAAGCAGGAACUGAAAAAUGUGAAUAGAGAGAAAACUCCUUGGCUUAUAGUCCUUAUGCAUGUUCCCAUCUACAAUAGUAAUGAAGCUCAUUUCAUGGAAGGGGAAAGCAUGAGAUCCGUCUUUGAAAGAUGGUUUAUCAAACACAGGGUUGAUGUGAUCUUUGCUGGCCAUGUCCAUGCUUAUGAAAGAUCAUAUCGCAUAUCUAAUAUACACUAUAAUGUCUCGGGUGGUGAUGCUUAUCCCGUACCGGAUAAAACAGCUCCUAUUUACAUUACUGUUGGUGAUGGAGGAAAUCAAGAAGGUCUUGCGUCAAGAUUUAGAGAUCCACAGCCAGAUUAUUCUGCUUUCCGUGAAGCUAGUUAUGGUCAUUCGACGCUAGAGAUCAAGAAUAGAACACAUGCAUUCUACCACUGGAACCGAAAUGAUGAUGGAAAUAAAGUUACAACUGACUCGUUCACGUUGCACAACCAGUAUUGGGGAAGUGCUCGUCGCAGGAGAAAGUUGAAUAAGAAUCAUCUACACUCUGUCAUUUCGGAAAGGCCCUCCACUGCGCGGUUCUGAAACAUAGUUUCUCAAGGAUGUUGUCAACCUAGUGUUAGUUUUAUGCCAUGGUCCUACUGUCCAGUUUCAAAUUCUAUCUACAUUGUUGAAGAGUGGAUCCAGCUACCUUAUUACUAGUUGUAUUGGUCACUUAAAAUAAGAAAUUUGUGUUGUUUAUGGCAGCAUCAUGUUAUUAUGGAAGUGUUAAGCCCUUGUAAAGUUCCCCGAAGAUGAUUGAAACUCUUCCGUGUUGAAACAGCUACAUAUUAGAUUUUUAUCGUUGUGUUAUUUUUGAUUGACUAGUUUUUGGACA